UAAUUAUGCAAAGUUUUAAACUACAUCAAGAUUAGUUUUAGUUAGUGAGUAAUGCUUUACAAUAGUUACCUAUUUGUUAUGCUCUAAAUUAUUACCCCACAAGUUCCACUUCAUCUCCAUUUUUAGUUUGACCAGUAUAAUUAUCCAAAAGUAUAAUUUAGUCAGUGUUUUAAUGAUUUAUUUACAUUAUGUCCUAAAGCUUUAUUUACAGGUUGUAAUGUCAUAAUCUCUCUGGAAACUUCCCAGAAAACUAUAUAGUAGUUGUAUGGGAAACAUAAAUUUUUGCUGAAGAACUGGUACAUUAAAACCCAAGUAAAUAUUAAUAUAUUAUUAAUCUAUAAUUGGAAAAUCUAUUUUCUAUAUAUGUUUGUCUGUAGACAAACCUCAUAUUUUGACAAAUCAGUUUGUUAUUUUCACAUAUAUUUGAGCAGUAUCAAUAUCAGCGAUAUGAAAUCUUGUUUUGAGUAUUACCAGAUACCAGUUUCAGUGCGUUCUCUCACAUGUUAGAUCACAUCCUGGGCAUGACCUGUUUCUCCCCCUUAUGAUAGUACACCGUUGUAAACACUGAUUGGAGCCAAGUCCACCAGGCAAAGUAAAAGAAGCAUGAAAAACUGUAUCAUAAUUUUGACUGGAUUGGUUAUUUUCGCUUAUCUAACAUUGUGCUAGUGGUGGCAUUUUUUCCCAUAUUUACAUUUUAUUUUCAUUAUGUAAACGGUUAAGUUAGAUAUCUUUAUUUUUCUGGGGCAUUCUUAUCUGUAGUGUGGGGUCCAACAGUAAACUGGAGAUAACCCUGGCAACUAUUAAAAUGUCAAAAACAGCCUCUCUCAUAAUAUACAGCCUACAGUUACCCUGUGCUCACGCUCUAACGGUUUAAACGGUCACUUCAAGCUGAGCAGGAUGAUGCUGUAGCGGCACGCGCAUCAGCCGUUGCGUGAGGCUGAUGACGCAGAGCAGCGGCAGAGAUGAUCGGCACCGCUGGCUUUGAACGUGUCGCUGCGUUUGGCAACAUACGGCGACAAAUAUACAUUCUUAGAGUUAUGUAGUCUGUAAUUGUAGCGGUAUAUAUCGAAGAAGGUGAAAUGACAGGAUUCGUUGAUUGUUUGGAAACGCAUACCGCCGCAUCUGGCUCUCUUUGAGGAAGGACACGGCUGCGCGUCGUCGUCAGGAACCGUCCGGGAGAUGGACGGGAGGACUGCGGAAACCGGGGAUGACGAGACUACGAGCGAGGCAGCGGCCGCCGGCCUCUGUCUGCAGCUUGACCUGGGGGACAGUGACUCAGCCAGGAAGGCUCAGAUAACAGAGAUGCCGUCCCCAUUCGGAGCAGGCCCAACCCAUGAGAAAAAGAUCGGCCACAGGAGGGUAGAUGCCUCUGGAGAGACAACAUACAAGAAGACCACCUCCUCUGCCUUGAAAGGGGCCAUUCAGCUGGGCAUUGGUUAUACUGUUGGCAACCUCAGCUCCAAGCCUGAGAGAGAUGUGCUGAUGCAGGACUUCUAUGUGGUCGAAAGCAUCUUCUUCCCCAGUGAAGGCAGCAACCUCACACCAGCCCACCACUUCCCAGACUUCAGGUUCAAAACCUACGCUCCCGUUGCUUUCCGCUACUUCCGAGAACUGUUUGGGAUCCGACCAGAUGACUACCUGUAUUCUCUAUGUAAUGAGCCGCUGAUUGAGUUGACAAAUCCAGGAGCUAGUGGCUCCAUAUUCUACGUAACCCGUGAUGAUGAGUUUAUCAUAAAAACUGUCCAACACAAGGAGGCUGAGUUUCUACAGAAGCUGCUUCCUGGAUACUAUAUGAACUUGAAUCAGAACCCCCGGACUUUGCUGCCAAAGUUUUUCGGCCUCUACUGUGUCCAGUGUGGGGGGAAGAACAUCAGAGUGGUUGUGAUGAACAAUAUUUUACCACGCUCUGUCCGCAUGCACCUCAAGUUCGACCUGAAGGGCUCCACGUACAAGAGGCGAGCUUCCAAGAAGGAAAGAGAGAAGUCCAAACCCACUUUCAAAGACCUGGACUUUCUGAAUGACGUUUCUGACGGCCUCACUCUGGACCAAGACACAUACAGUGCUCUGGUCAAAACGCUGCAAAGAGACUGUCUGGUUCUGGAGAGUUUUAAGAUUAUGGACUACAGUUUGCUGCUUGGGAUCCACAACAAGACCCAAGCAGAGAGGGAGUCUCAGUCCCAGGGCUCACCUGCAGGUGGUGGGGAUGAAAAGAGGCCUGCAGCACAGAGAGCCUUGUAUUCCACUGCAAUGGAGUCUAUACAGGGAGGCUCCACGUGCAGGGAUACUCUGGACCACGAUGACACUAUGGGUGGUAUUCCAGCUGUUGGUGGUAAAGGAGAGCGCCUCCUGCUGUUCAUUGGGAUCAUUGAUAUUCUACAGUCUUACAGACUGAUUAAGAAACUGGAGCACUCCUGGAAGUCCCUCAUCCAUGACGGGGACACAGUGUCAGUUCACAGACCAAGUUUCUAUGCUGAGAGGUUCUACAAAUUCUGUAGCACCAUUGUCUUCAAGAAGAGCUGCUCACUGCGAUCCUCUCCAUCUAAGAGGGGCAGAGGGGCUCUCACGUCCAAGUCCAGUGCCGGAACUGGUUCAGCUGGGCAGCGUCCCUCAUUGAGUGAUGAGAGGCAGGAAAACCUGGACAACUUGGAGAACCUUCGAGGAGCUCGCAGCUUCCCUGUGCUGGAGGACAAUGGGAGAGAGCCACCCUACACACCUCCUUCAUUUGAAGAUGCUACCACGGCGUCUAUAGCUACCACGCUUUCCUCCAACAACUCCUUACCCACCACCCCCUUCGAUACCCCAGAGCACCCACGCUAUAGGAGACAAAUGCAUUCACCAAAUGUGGUCAGGUCACAAAAAGAGAUAGUUGAAGUUCAUGGGGAAAAGCAGGACACCAUAACAGUGGAGGUGGAGCUGAGUAAAAUCCCAAAGAGCACGGAGCUCACACAGAUGACAGAAAUGACCUCUCCCAGCCACCUGUCACCUGACCAUAAGCCAUGUGGCUUUGCUUCAUCCACCCCUCCCUCUGUCAGUCCAUCCUCAGCAUAUUCCUCCUUAACCCUUCCUCCUUCCUUCGUUUCCUCCUCCUCCACCGCUCAGUCAGCCGGGCACUCAUCCUCCACGCUGUCUUCAUCCAUCUGUCCAUCCACCAAACCACUCACCUCUCCCACAGCUGCUCAGUCUUCCACUCUUUCUUCUCGAGUCUCUCACUCAGCCACGCAGUCCACACCUUGCACCUCAGCAAACGCCUCCAUGCUCCCUCCUGCCUCGGCGUUUACUCCCAUCUGCCCGGCCUCUCCUCACUCCCCCUCCCAGAGCUCCUCUCACCACCUCCCCUCGACGCCUCCCUCCUCCGUCCCCCCGAGCCCCCAGGUGCCUCAGCAGGCACCACGUACACCAUGCAAUCAACUGUCUGUGUCCAGCAGCCACAACUCACUGGAUGGGGAGGUGCAAGUGUCCGACAUCUACUUUUAUGCAGAUGGCAGAUAUUGGGUGUACUCUCCAGUUCUUGGUCGUCGUAAGCUAAACUCUAGCUCAAGUUACAAUCAGACUCAGGAGGAUCGGAGCUGGGUGUACUCUCCUUUGCACUACGGCUCAGAGUCCAGAGGGGGCUCAGAUGGGGAGAGUGAGACAUAACUCACAGUGGAGACAGCAGUGACGGAUGAUGCCAGAGGCCGUCUCCACACACACAGGCUGUGAGCUUGUAAUAAUAGAGCCACCAGGACACUAUGAAGAUUUAAUGCUGGUUGCCCAAGCUGCAUGUGGAAGCUUGCUUUGCCAACUGUGACAGACUAAAUGAAUGAAUUUAGAACCACUGAAGUAAGAAUGCAAACACACACAUACUCUCAAACGAAUGCACAGAGAAACAAUUAACAAAAUUUUAUGCAAAAAAAUAAAAAAUCUAAAUAUAUAUAUAAUAAAUCUUAAAUCAUCAAAUCAUGGACACUCUGAAGAAAUGAACUAACUGUGAAUGAUUCUGGUGGCUGUGAAGUCAGGUAUUGUUGCGGUUCUGCUGCCUGCUGUGGAUGUUUUUAGUGCUCAUGAGUCACACUGUACUGUGCCAGCUCUGGCUAUGCAAUAUGGACAUACAGUACACGAUAUCAAUCCCUCUUUUUGACUGAGUUUGAGUUCAUUCAUGCGUUUAUUUUUCACUAGGGGCAUGUCAAAGCUGUAUAUAAUUUUAUUUUUAGCACUUUAUCAGUGUACAUGUGGCUGAGGUCCUCUGAAAUUGUAUAUGUUUUGUUAUUUUGUCAUCAGUCAAACACAGUUAAUGUUUUGUGAGCUCUGUAUGCACAGCGUCCUGUUUUUUUCUGCUGGUGUUUGGUGGUCCACACGAGAAACUUUGAUCUGACAAUGAAUGGUUGUGUUCAAAAUGCCUUAUCGACAAACUCAUUUUCAUAACUUUUUGAUAUUUCGGUCACAUGUAAUCAUUUUAUGAAAAAACUUAUAAACAUGCCGAGAAUUUUAUUGUACAUAAAUACCAGAUCUUUGAAGCAGAGUUCAAACAAUGUAGUGGCCAUGCAUUUACACCUUUUGAGGAUUAGAACAGAGAUAUCAAGAGAGUGUAAAGGGAAAAAAAGAUCAAUCAAUCAACAAUUUUGUAAAUUGUAGAAAAACUGUGUGUGCUUAAGCACAUGCAUGUAAGUUUGUCCGUGCCCUUAUGUCUCUGUGUGCAUGCAUAUGAUGUGUGACUGGGAGACAUGUCAGUGUAAGUUAUUCUGUCCUGCCUAUUUGUCACAUCGUCAAAAGGUGUAACUUCCAUUUUUUAUUAUAAGCCAUGAAAAGUCGGAACCAGCCAUAAGCAUGUUGGCUGUGUGAGAAAUAUGAAGUAUAGAUACCCUGGUCUUUAAUGACGGUCGAUUAACCAUGAAUUACCAAAUUAAACAAACUGAGCUUUUCUAUACAGUUUAGUGAGAAAAGACAGACACAAUCCUCCCUCUUCCAUACAUGGUGAAACACGAUUGACCAUACUUAAACUUCCCGUCUGUGUCGGUAAGCACUGCUGUAACUUAUCAUUGUAUCAUUUGCGUCUGCUGAAGUUAACCUGCCUGUUUGUAGGCAACAGUGUUUGUAGCUGAUCACUGUGUAAAAGAAAAUAAACAUUAUAUUGUGUAAAAAAUCA